AUGCCUAAGAAUAAAGGUAAAGGAGGUAAAAACAGACGCAGAGGCAAGAAUGAGAAUGAAUCUGAAAAGAGAGAGCUGGUGUUCAAAGAAGAUGGACAAGAGUAUGCCCAAGUAAUCAAAAUGUUGGGAAACGGACGAUUGGAAGCGAUGUGCUUCGAUGGUGUUAAGAGAUUGUGUCACAUCAGAGGGAAACUGAGAAAGAAGGUCUGGAUUAAUACCUCAGACAUUAUAUUGGUUGGUCUACGGGACUACCAGGAUAAUAAAGCUGAUGUGAUUCUAAAAUACAAUGCAGAUGAGGCUAGAAGUCUGAAGGCGUAUGGCGAGCUUCCAGAACAUGCUAAAAUCAAUGAAACUGAUACAUUUGGUCCUGGAGAUGAUGACGAAAUCCAGUUUGAUGACAUCGGAGAUGAUGAUGAAGACAUUGAUGAUAUCUAA